GGUAACAACUACAACAAUAAACUAAAAGUAAUCAUGUCUGGACGCGGCAAAGGCGGAAAGGUUAGAGCUAAGGCCAAGACCAGGUCUUCUCGUGCUGGGUUGCAGUUCCCAGUGGGUCGUGUUCAUAGACUACUCCGAAAAGGCAACUAUGCUGAGCGCGUCGGUGCCGGCGCUCCCGUCUACCUGGCUGCGGUGCUCGAGUACCUGACAGCUGAGAUCCUGGAGUUGGCUGGUAACGCAGCCCGUGACAACAAGAAGACCAGGAUCAUUCCCCGCCAUCUGCAGUUGGCUGUCCGCAACGACGAGGAGUUGAACAAACUCCUCGGCGGAGUCACCAUCGCUCAGGGUGGUGUCUUGCCUAACAUUCAGGCCGUGCUGCUGCCCAAGAAGACCGAAAAGCCCGCCAAGAAGUAAAGACUCAUGUGACCACCCCAACACAAACGGCUCUUUUAAGAGCCACUCACUCCUUCUUGAAGAGCAUUGUUCAAUCUGAUUUACUAUCAGCGUACAUGUGCACUGGCACAAUAUGCAGUGUGCAAUUAUGGUGUCUGAUUUCCAAGCGUUUUGCUGAUACUAGUGUGCAACACAAAAUUUAAGGAAGAGAGGGGUGUACAUACAAGAAUCUGACUUUAGAAGUAAGUAAAAAAUAUUUUAUUAGCACAAUAAAAUUAUUUAUUAUAGCCUGCUUACAAAUUGUAAACUUUGGUCUUGUUUUUGCCAUGAAAAUAUAAACAAUAUAACCUUUCUUUCUGUCUCUGGUAAGCCUGGGCUUGCAGGUAGUGGUGAGCGGUGAUGGCCAAAUAUUUAAAUACAAAUUGGUGGUAUUAAACUAUUCCAAAAGGAUGUGAUGAAAUGCAUACUAACCAAACCCAUUUAUUCCAUAAAAUAAAUAUUCAAAUAAAUGUUAUAAUGAAUUAUAAUUUUACGUAGAGAAACAAUGCUGUUUUUCUUCAGGAUGGCAUUUAUUGCUUGUUUGUUGAUAUUGUCUUUCCAUACAUCUUUAUAUUCACCGUUUUUUUUUUUUUUAUCAAACUGCAAACAUGUGGCCACCACAGAGCCGGUAAUUUGGCCCUCAUUUAAAAAUACACGGACAGUGCAGCAAAAGCUGAGGAUCAGAACUGUCAGAGGGGUCUCAAGAGGCUUUCAUUUCAAUGCAGACCUCCCAACAUGUACACAUUUAUAGUACAGAGCAUGCAAUUUGACUCUUGAAUAUGCUUGUAUGCUCUCCAGUUUGGUUUCAUUAAGCUCAGUCUGUAAAAAUAAAUGAAUAAAUAUCAGUUUAUCUAAUAUUUCAAAAUUCAAAACCUUGGAUGGGGGGAAUGAGAUGUGUACAACACAAUACUGUACAUCACACAAACCAGAGAGGGACAUACAACAAAUUG